GAAGGGGCCAUGUUGGUGGGUGACCCCGGGAGAGGUACCGGGCGAGAGGCGAAUUCCGAGGAGUGGUAGCGCGCGCAGUCCGCGGGUGCGCAAUGGCAGGCUCUGGUGAGCGCAAAGGCAAGAAGGAUGACAAUGGCAUUGGCACGGCCAUUGAUUUUGUGCUUUCCAAUGCCCGGCUGGUGCUGGGGGUGGGCGGAGCGGCCAUGCUGGGCAUCGCCACGUUGGCAGUUAAGCGGAUGUAUGAUCGGGCGAUCAGUGCCCCUACUAGCCCCACCCGCCUGAGCCAUUCAGGGAAAAGAAGCUGGGAAGAACCGAACUGGAUGGGCUCCCCCCGGUUGCUGAAUAGGGACAUGAAGACAGGCCUGAGCCGGUCCCUGCAGACCCUUCCCACAGACUCCUCGGUCUUUGACACGGAUACAUUCUGCCCACCCCGGCCCAAGCCAUUGGCCAGGAAGGGCCAGGUAGACUUGAAGAAGUCACGACUCCGCAUGUCCCUGCAGGAGAAACUUCUUACUUACUACCGGAACCGGGCAGCCAUCCCUGCUGGCGAGCAGGCUCGGGCCAAGCAAGCUGCUGUGGACAUAUGUGCCGAGCUGCGGAGCUUCCUGCGGGCCAAGUUGCCUGACAUGCCGCUUCGGGACAUGUACCUGAGUGGCAGCCUCUGUGAUGACCUGCAGGUGGUGACAGCAGACCACAUCCAGCUCAUUGUGCCCCUCGUGCUGGAGCAGAACCUGUGGUCGUGUAUACCCGGUGAGGACACCAUCAUGAACGUCCCCGGCUUCUACCUGGUCCGUCGUGAGAACCCGGAGUAUUUCCCUCGUGGUAGCAGUUACUGGGACCGCUGUGUCGUAGGCGGCUACCUCUCCCCAAAGACAGUGGCAGACACGUUUGAGAAGGUCGUGGCUGGCUCCAUCAACUGGCCAGCCAUAGGGUCCCUCUUGGACUAUGUGAUCCGACCAGCACCGCCCCCAGAAGCCCUGACUUUGGAAGUGCAGUAUGAGCGUGACAAGCAUCUUGUCAUUGACUUCCUGCCAUCAGUGACCCUUGGCGCCACUGUCUUGGUAGCCAGACCACACCGGCUGGCGCGGUACGACAACCUGUGGCGGCUGAGCCUGCGACCGGCAGAGACGGCACGUCUGCGGGCUUUGGACCAGGCUGACUCGGGCUGCCGAGCUCUGUGCCUCAAGAUCCUCAAGGCCAUAUGCAAGUCCACUCCUGCUCUAGGCCACCUCACUGCCAGCCAGCUCACCAACGUCAUCCUCCACUUGGCCCAGGAGGAGGCUGACUGGUCGCCAGAGAUGCUGGCCGACCGGUUCUUACAGGCCCUGAGGGGGCUUAUCAGCUACCUGGAGGCCGGAGUCCUGCCCAGUGCCCUAAACCCCAAGGUGAACUUAUUUGCAGAGCUCACUCCCGAAGAAAUAGAUGAGUUGGGAUAUACUCUCUACUGCUCGUUGUCUGAGCCGGAGGUGCUGCUGCAGACGUAAGGGCCGGUGAAGGCCAGAGUGGGUGUCAGGUGUCAGACCCUGGCUUCUCCGUUAGAAACAUGUGGCUGCAGAGUUGGUGCCUCACAGGGUCCCUAGGUGCCUGCUAUUUUGCUGGUCAUCGCCCGGUCACUUCAUGCUGAUCAGAAUGCCAUCUCCUUGUCUCCUGUUUUCUCACCGGACCCUUUCUAUUUUUGUUACCAAACACUGUGCUCCUACUCCUCCCCUCCCCCUUGCUCCAGGCUCAUUUAUCUGGAAUGAAUUGAGAAGGCAGAGCACUGGCCUGAGCUGGUGUCUAGCAUUGUGGCCCAGGUUUUCUGUCCCUGUCUGCCCUGCCCUUUGGCCUCUUUGUUUUCAGUGUCUUCUCUGUCUUAUCCUCUUGUUCACACCUUCUGUUUUGCUCUUUCCCCGGGAGCCUAUCUGCCUUGUCAAGAUGUUGCCUUUUCGUUGAAUGUCACGGAAGAGUUCUGAUGGCGCGUUCCAAGCUGAGCUCUGCAGACUGAGUGCUCAGACAGUAUUUAGAGUUUCUGGGGGUAAAGCUAGCGAAAGAGCUGGCCUUUGACCCAGGUUCCUGGAGACGCAGCCCGUUUCCUCCGCCUCCUGACCAGCUCCAAUUCCCGAGUGCUGAGAAGGUCUCAUGGGAACACAGUUACUGACUGGCACAGGAGUGAGGUCAAUAUAAAUGGGGUGCAAAGUUGCUGGGAGAUGGCGUUCUUCAGCGGCUAGUGUGCAGUGGGGGAGCUGGCUUAGUGCAGAGGGCCUAGGGAAGGGUGUGUGUGCGCCCCGUGUCUGUGCCUCACCCUGGGCUGGUCCAGAUCUGAGCUGCUGUGCGAGAAGCUGGGGGAAGACAAGGGGGGGAAGGGGCUGUCGGGACAGCACAGGUGCCAUGCACAAGUGCUGUUGGUCGGCCCCUUCCUUGCCUUAUUGCCGAUCAGAAUGAGGCCUUCGAGGACAUAGCCUUUGCAGUAGAGGUGGAAGAGAGGUUGACAGGCGGCAAACACCUGCAGAAAAAUCCAGUCACCAAUGGAAGCGUGGCCACCCUGUUUCUUCCCCUAGAGGCCCUGCCUUUCCAGGACGUUGCCUUAGCGCAGGAACAGGCCCACAGCCAGCCCUUCAUUCCCCACUGUCUGCCAUGGAACACGAGGGGACGUUGGCUGAACUCUCCAGGCACCGCCAGAGGCCAGAGGGCAAGCAGACAUGCGCUGACCUCUUUCCCAUCCUGUCUCACCCCGCACCUGGGGGACUGGUGCUACCCAGGAAGAGCGUGCGUGGAUGAGACACACAGGAGAGGGAGGCGGGGCUUCCUGCGCUCCCUCUGGUUUUCGCUGCUAAAACCCGCGCUUCGCUUCGCGACAUCACAAGUAUCCUGAGGGUGGGGAGGAGGGUCUCACGUGGUCAGUGCAGCUUCUUGUUUUGUGCUUUCUUCCUGUUCUGGUAAGAAGCCAAUAAUAAUUCUGUUUCUGAUCUGCCUAUCCAGUAUUUUGUUCUCCCAUCAAGUUUUAUUUUUCUCUCUUCUUACUACCUCUCCAUCAGUGAGAUUCCAGUGACGCUCUGUGCAGCUGUCUGAUUCCUUCCCAGUGACAGCAGCAUGAACUGACUCUAAAUAGCACUGAAACCUCAGCUACCUUUCGGAUUUAGGGUAGAGAUUCCUGUCCCCUUUUGUCAUCAAUUAGGAGGUUGUGAACUAGGGUUAACGUUAGCUACGUUUGGAAAAUUUUCCUGUUUCUCUCUUAGAUCUGCAGCGGUUCCUUAAAGUGGCUCAGUUGCCAUUUGUAUGAAGCUAUUCAGAGAGAAUGAAAAAUACAAAUCCCAGAACCUUGAGAGUGAUUCUCCAUCCUGGCUGUUCAUCAGAAUCAAGUUAGAGUUUAAAGAAAAUCUCUUGUGCCUGACUGUUACCCUAGGUGACUGGCAGAGAGGGUAUAGGGGAGGACCUGGCAUCGAUGGCUCCUGUGUACCCGUCUGGUAUCCAUUAGAGGGAAGGGAGAGGGGAGGUUUCAAAAGCACAGGUUAGUCUUCACUGAGAUAAAGGAUUUGGUUUUCCUAAUGUAUUAUAGGACCCAGUUUUCCCAAGCUGACAUCUCUGACCAAAUUCCAUAUAAAAUACUGGAAGGAGAGCUGAAAAAAAAUGGUUUUAAAGACAAAGUUCCCAGUUAUCAAAGCCAAGUGUAAUGGUGAUUUGGUUUUAUCUCCUUUCUUAAAGAGCAUCUUUCUAAAGGCAUCUCUGUCUCUUAACUAUGUUUCACAAAACCAAAAACUGUAACUUUCCCAUUUCACAAGCAAGAACCACCCAGAAGUCCUCCGAACUAGAAGCAGUGGGAGUUCUUGGCCCUGGUCCUGGUGGGUUUGCUGACUGAGGCUGGGCCAGCCCUGCGGCACAUGGGAGGUAGUGCCGUGCUUGGAGACUUGGAUGGAAGAGGACAGCAUUCCGACCUACCCCCCACCCCUCACCCCGCUCUGCCCCACUCUGUCCAGUUUUUUAAUCUUUGGGGAAAGAUUUUGUGCCUUUCCCUGCCAUUCUGCCUUUCUAUUCAGUAACUCCUACCUUUGCCUGAAGUAAUGGCAUCUGCUCCUACUUCUCCACCUGGACAUUUUUUUUUUUUUUUGCACUGUCUGGGUUAGCAAACCAUGAGUUAGCCUAAUGCUUAAAAAAUACACUCAUUGUCUUGAAAGCCUAAUCAAUUCUGAAGUAUAUUUUGGUUUUUUCUCUGUUGUCCCUUCCUAAAAAAAAUGAGUUCAGGAUAACCGUAUUUUAUAUGCUUGGUUGUGACUUUUUUCCCCCUCAAAUAAAUAAUCAAAAACUAAUGUCUGGAAAA